UACCCUCUGUCAUGAGGCUGUCCUGGGGGCUCUUCCUGCUCACGGUGGCCCUGGCACUGUGGGGAGUGGCUGCCACCCGCUGUCCCCUGCCCUGCAUGUGCGACAACCUCCGUGCCCACGUCCUCUGCCUCAACGGGAACCUGACAGCUGUCCCCAGCACCAUCCCGCAGCUCACCAAAAAACUGGACCUUCCAGGCAACAGCUUCACGGUCAUCCCGGUGGGAGCCUUCCUCGCCACCCCGUACCUCACACACUUAGAUCUGCAGCGCUGCAAGGUGGAAAGGCUGGAGGAAGGGGCAUUCCGGGGGCUGGGGAGGCUCAUCUACCUCAACCUGGCGUCCAACAGCAUAGCUCUCCUCUACCAGGAGUCCUUAGAUGGGUUGUCCUCCCUCCAGCAGCUCCUCCUGGCGGGGAACCGCAUUGAGGAGAUCCAGCCAGGUGCUUUUGGCCACCUGGGGUCCCUCACUGUCCUUGACCUGAGGGCAAACGCCUUGGUCUACCUCCCGGACAUGGUUUUCCAGGGUCUGCAGGCCCUCAGGUGGCUCCGGCUGUCCCACAAUGCCCUCCAUGUGCUGGGUAGCGAGGCCUUUGCCGCCCUGCCCAGCCUGCACAGGCUGAGCCUGGACCACAACGAGCUGCAGGCGUUGCCCAGCGAGGCUCUGGCCAGGCUGGACAGGGCCACCUGGCUGGACCUGGGCCACAACCCUAUCACCUAUGUGGCCGAGGAAGCCCUGGCCAUGGACUCCCUGAAGCACCUCUUCCUGGACCACGCUGCUCUCCAGGACGUGGCGCACAAUGCCUUCACCCACAGCCCCCAGCUGCGCAUGCUGGACCUCAGCAAAAACCAGCUGCAGGGGCUGCUGCCCCUGGCUGGGGCCAGAAGGCUGGUGAGAAUCAACCUGGCUGGGAACCCCUUGCUCUGCUCCUGCCUCCUGCACCCCUUCCACGACUGGCUGGUGAGGGCACGGGUACAGGUGGAGGGGGCCUGCGCCAUGCCCCCCAACCUCCACGGCCGGCCCCUUGACUCCCUGAGACCCACCGAGAUGAGAUGUGGCAACCCCUGGCUGCCCCCCAGCCCCACCAUGCCAACGGAGCAGCCGAGGGUGGCCAGCAGCGGGCAGUGCCCCCAGGGGUGCACCUGCUCCUCUGAUUUCCGGCAUGGGUCCUGUGAGAACAGGGACCUGCAUGAGAUCCCCCAGGGCUUCCCCAAGGACACCCGCCUCCUCGACCUGCGCCGAAAUGCCUUUGGGACGGUGCCACCAGAUGCCUUUCCUGGCCUGAAAGAGCUGGUGUCGCUCCACCUGCAGAGCUGCAGCAUUGGGGUGCUGCGCCCUGGGGCACUGCGGGGGCUGGAGAACUUGGUUUACCUCUACCUCACCAACAACCACCUCUCCACCUUGGCAGCUGCUGCCUUCAAGGGGGCCCCACGGCUAGCCUACCUUGACCUGGACCACAAUGCCUUCACCCACCUGCCUGCAGGUGCCUUCCAGCUCCUGCCCAACCUCAUCUCCCUCCACCUGCAGCACAACGCCAUCAGGGAGCUGGCAGAGGGCGACCUGGCUGGGGCUGGGGGGUUGCGCUGGCUCCACCUCACUGGGAACGCCAUUGAGUGCAUCGCUCCUGCCGCCCUGGCUCCGGCCAAGAUGCUGGAGAAGCUGCACCUGGAGGGAAACCACCUGGCAGAGGUGCCCACGGCAGCCCUGUGGGGCCUGCCUGCCCUGAGCGAGCUGAAGCUCUCCCGAAACCCCAUCAAGCACGUGGGGGACAGUGCCUUCCUGCCGGUGGCCUCCAGCCUGCAGCACCUCUACCUGGACAACAUGGGCCUGCAGCAGAUUUCCCCCGGUGCCUUUAUUGGCCUUGGUCCCAAGAUCAGAAGCCUCUACCUGGAGAACAACAAAAUGAGCAACAUCCCUGACAUGAGCAACUUCACAGGGCUGGAGAUCCUCAACCUGAGGAAUGUGCCUUUCCACUGCGACUGCCAGCUCCUCCCCCUGCGCAGGUGGAUCGACAAACUCAACCUCCGCGUAGGGGCCACCUGUGGGUCCCCUGCAGAAGCCCGGGGGAUAAAGGUAAAGCUUUCCACCACUUUCCAAACCUGCCCUGGCUGGGGCCAAGGCAAGGCAGGGGGAGCCAGUCCUGACAAGAGCAAGGCUGCAAGCAAGAAAAAGAGAUCGGGAAAAUCACCACCCAGAGGCUUCAAGAAGAGCAGAGCUUAGGAAUAUGUGCAGGAUGCAGCCAGGCCGUACCUAUAGUCUGGUGAGAGCAGUUUUGCUGGAUUUGUCCCCACUGUGGCGAGCUGGAUAUUACACAAAGGAGAGAGCCUGGUGCCACCGGUGCAAGGCCAAUUUGCCAAAGACAUGGGGUUUGUUUUUGCAGGAUACAGAGGGACAUUACCCUGGAAAGAACUAGUGCAAAAAGCUUCCGUAGUGUUUGCAAUGCACUUUGAUGACUUGAACAACAAAGCCAAAUACUUGCUUCUGCUUCCCAAGGUUCUCUUCUCUUCAGCCAAGCACAAAAGCUGGAAUCCGCAAGUUUGUUUUUGUUUUAAAGAGCACUGUGCUUUCACAGCUUCUGAAACAAUUAAAGAGCCCCCAGCAGGACUGCAAACAGCACCAAUGCAAGAUCCUGCACUGGCUCAAAUCUUACAGCAGAAAACAAAAAUUACCAUCAGAGAACACAUUGCCUGAAUUUCCAGCAGCUCCUCAGAAUUAAAACAUAAGCAGA